GCAACGCCGAUGGGGUUUUUUUUUCGUGUUUUAAUCCCGUCGCGGCGGGGCCAGAGCCUUGCAAUUGCGUCCAUUUUGCGGUAAGAGGACGUAAAAACAAGAAGCGAUAUGAGAGGGGGGCUCCUCCCUUCUUCGAGGAGAAGGCAAAGAUUUCCCCGGCUUGCUUCCAAGCGGCUUCUCCGCCUCCUCCUCCUCCUCGCCUUCCUCGCCGUUAUCCCUCCAAUCUUCUUCCACUUCCGCCUCCGCCGAUUCAACCAGAUACGAUCGCGGAAAUGCGGCUGGUUGAAAGAUCCUCCUCUCGUUUGCGCCCACGGCGGCGAUUCGAGCAAAGCAGCUCCCAAUACCAUGGAAGCCUAUCGGAUUGCUCUUGAUGCUCGUGUGGAUUGCAUGGAGAUCGAUGUCUCUCGUUCUUCGGAUGGAGUGUUGUUUGCGCUCCAUGAUAGGUUCCUGUUUUCAACUCUUUGGGACACUCGGACACUUGACACGAGCAUUACAUGUCCAGGCAGGGAUUUGCAGAGGAUGUCUGGUAAUAGUAGUUCAAAAGUUGGCUACUUGAGCAAAAAUGAGAUAAAAGAACUGGAUGCUGGCUUCCAAUUAUCUCAAGAAUUUCAGAAACAAGAAGUUCCAACAGUUGAGGAUGCCUUAGCGUUGAUAUCAAACUCAGUCAAGCAGGUGAUUCUAGAUGCCAAAGUUGGACCUCCAUCAUAUGAGAAAAGCUUAGCAAAGGACAUACUGUCUGUUGUCAAGAAAACUCACUGCAAAAAUUGUCUUAUCUGGGCAAAAAGUGACAUUGUUGGAAGGGAUGUAAUUAAACUAUCAAAAGAUGUCACGGUUGGUUACACUGUUAUGAAGGAUCCUUCAACUGGUGCCAGAAGUGGCCUAUUGAGGAUGAAAGGUGCUGCAGUUGCUGGUGUCUACCACCCUUUAAUUGAUCAGAAACUUAUGAGGAUCUUGCAUGGGAAGGGCAGGAAAGUUUAUGCCUGGACGGUCGAUGAUGCUGAAUCUAUGAAAAGGAUGCUUCUCGAGCAUGUGGAUGCCAUCGUCACAGGCAACCCUUCUCUCCUUCAGGGCCUAAUGCAGGACAUGAAAACAGAGUGCCUUGAGGAAGGUUUCUCUUUACCUUGACAACACACACAAACACACACACACACCAAAUACAUCACAGAGAAACUUUUGGUUCAGAUGAUUCGACUUUCAAUUGUUUAUCCCAUUAUUGUUCAUUAUGAUGUAUUAAGGAUGAGACUUUAACGGAUUCUCGUUCUUAAAGCUAUUUCGGUUUUUGGAUGAUGAUCUGCUCAAUUGUUUUGAGCCACGGUAACAAUGUAAACUAACCUUAUAUACAAAUUGCAAAAAGGAUUAUUUAGAUGA